GUGCAAUGUGAUAAAAAGGUGGUGGUAAAAACUGACAUACAAGCAAGCGCAACAACAUAGAAAACAAGCAAGUUUACUUGACAUGUUGAUAAAAUGUCGGGAGUACAGUCUUCAGGUUGGCCUUAUUAAAGGCUCCUGCGAUUAUGUGAACACCGUCGGGGUGGGCCCGCUGCUGUUCGUUUAUGGUGUCCAGCAGGAGAGAGAGCACCAUGUUUACACAGCCGUAACGAUCACUACUGUUAGCUCUCUCGGUAGCAACCGGCAACAAAGGAUUCCAUUCAGUAUGCUAAGCAAAGCUAGCGGAGGCGCUGCCAGACUAAGAUAAUGCAUGCACUGAGACAAAAAUGCGUUUGCCCACCUAUAUAAAUAUAGAGGAGACGGUGAAUAACCCUAUUUCAACAAACGGUGGCGUAUUCCUUUAAUCUUUGCAGCUGUGGUCAGCAGUUUAUUUGCAGAUGUGUGUAGACUCAGAAAGUGAAACCAUUAAACAACAAUACCUGUCCGUCCUCCCCGACAGGUGCCUGAUGACAUCAUGAGUCGGUGGCGUCGUUCGGUGGACGAGUUGGGGUUGCGGCGGCAGCAGGCCGAGUGUGAGCGUGCUCAGGAGGCUCUCAGUCGGGCCACUUCCUGUUUCCAGCAGCUGGUAGCAUCACUCGGCAGCUCGGCAGACUGCAGCUUCCUGCGAGAUGAGAUGGACGAGGCGAGAGGGCUAGCACACCGAAUCUGCAGCGGCCUGUCCAAGCGUCUGGUGCCUCUGCUGUCUCACUGUGACUCCGCUCUCCCAGGUGAGGAGGACAGACAGGUGUCAGAGCGUCUGUGGGUUCUCUUCCUGUCGGCGUUAGAGAACUUCCUGUUUGACCUCCGUAAGGCCUGCGAUCUGAUUGGACGGUUCCCUCUGAGGCAGCGCUAUGACAGACACUCGCUAGUCAACACAGGAUGUAUUGAUGGCGUGGUAGGCGUGGCAUCUCGAGUGGCUUUAGUCCAAGCACCAUGGCUCACCUUAGAGGAAGAGCCGAGCCCAGAUCUGACCAAUCACAUCGCAGGACUGGAGGCCAUGCUGAGUGAGAUGCAGCUGAGGGUUCCUGUGGCAUUCUGGGCGGUGGAGGCGACCCAGCCGGCUUGGGCUGAAGCUUACGGUGAACCGGACGAGCCGGAGGUCACCCUGGAGGAGCUGAUGGAGGUCGAGGUCGUCUCCAACAACAAGAUGGCCGCAUGCUGCCAGCCAGCGUGCUGCGGGCUGGGCUGUGUUGGGUAG